AUGUCAACAUCGACGAUGACGAAAUAUAUGAUUAUAAAUGCAGAUGAUUUUGGUUAUUGUCCAAAACGAGAUAAAGCUAUUGUUGAACUAUUUCAACAAAAAUCUAUUUCCUCAACCAGUCUUCUUGUCAACGGUGAUAAUGCAUAUCAAGCAUGCUUAUAUGCAAAACAAUACGAUAUUCCAAUGGGCAUUCAUUUGAAUUUAACAGAAGGUCGACCCGUAACAAAUGAUUUAAUAGAAAUAAAAUCCUUAGUGAAUUCUAAUGGUAUGAUGCAUGGAAAAUUAGGUAUACGCUAUGAAUUAGAUAAAGGAUCGAUUCAACAAGAACAUGUCGAAUAUGAAAUAAUAAAUCAAUUCAAUAGAUACAAGGAAUUAACCAAUGGCCAACUGCCAAAACAUAUCGAUGGACAUCAACAUAUUCAUGUACAUCCGAUGAUUGUUGAAAGUGUUGCACGAUUAGCUAAACAAUUCGGAAUAAAUUAUAUUCGAGUACCGUAUGAUCAAAUGGUGAUAACAUGGGAUACAAAUAAUUUAUUUCAUAAUGAAAUUGUGAAUCAAACGAAAGAAGCUAUGAAAAUUUUUAAUAAAUAUGCACUUUUAUAUUGCGAUUAUUUUUUUGGUAUGACAACGAUGGGUAAAGAAUUUACAUUGAACAAUAUUGAGAAGUGUUUGAAAAUACUUGAAAAUGAAUCCAAAAAAAAUCUUCUCAUAGAACUUAUGUGUCAUCCCGGUUAUCCAAGUGAUCCACUUGUAGGUGGCUGCGGAAUAGGACAACCCGAUGCAUUUUCUCAAUCGAUCGAACGACAACAUGAGUUCGAUAUUUUAUCAAGUUGA